AUGGAUCUGAUCAACUCUUCCAAUUACCGGGUCAAUGUCUCUACAUUAAUAAGAAACAGCACUCACUUCCAAGCUUCUGCCUCAAGACUAAUUGUUUGCCUCCUUUUGUUCUCGACAUCAAUAACUGGUAUUAUCAUCAAUGGUUUCUAUCUAUGGAUACUAAAAUUCAAGAUGAGAAAAACUGUCAAUACUAUUUUAUUUUUUCAUCUCAUUCUCUCAUAUUUUAUUUCAACAUUGAUCGUGCCAUUUAUAACCACCUCCUACCUUCAGGACGAUCGCUGGAGCUUGGGAACCGCCAUGUGCAAGGUCUUGAACAGCAUUUUGUAUACAGGGAUCUCAGCCUCGGUUUUCUUCCUCUCGGCCAUCAGUGUUGAUCGUUACCUGCUCACUCUCCACCCAGUGUGGUCACAGCUGCACCGAACCCCACGCUGGGCUUCCAGCAUCACCCUGGGACUCUGGAUCUCUGCUGCUGUCCUCAACAUGCCCUAUUUGGUUUUCAGGGAGACACGUGAUGACCAUGAAGGAAGGGUGACCUGCCAAAUUAACUAUGCUGUGUCUACUAACCGGGAAAGCAAAAAGAUGCAAACAUUAGGGAAAUGGAUUCAUGUAGCCUGUUUCACCAGCCGCUUCUUGCUAAGCUUCCUUCUGCCUUUCUUCAUCAUUACCUUUUGUUAUGGAAGAGUAGCCAAAAAGAUGAAAAAGAGGAACCUAUUUAAGUCCAACAAGCCCUUCAAAGUCAUCAUGACUGCCAUUAUCUCUUUCUUUGUGUGUUGGAUGCCCUACCAUGUAUACCAAGGCUUACUUCUCACUAAGACCCAAUCUCUACUUUUACAGUUGACUUUGAUGCUUACAGUGAUUACCACUUCUUUCAAUACUGUCUUUUCUCCCACACUCUAUCUAUUUAUUGGGGAGGACUUCAAAAAGGUUUUCAAGAAGUCCAUUCUUGCUCUGUUUGAAUCAACAUUCAGUGAGGAUUAUUCUUCAGAAAGAGCACAAAACCUAAAUUCAGAAACCUACAUUUAA